AUGACGACCCAUCUGGAUGAGAGGGAAUGCUACUACCUCCGGGUUCUCCUAAACCACGUGACUGGUGCCACAUCCUAUGAGGACCUGAGGAUAGUUGAUGGCGAGAUCCUACCGUCCUUCCAUGAUGCCGCGGAGAGAAGGGGUCUGAUUGAGGUAGAUAAUAUGCUGGACGAGUGCCUCACAGAGGCCGAGUUGUUCCAAAUGCCAUCAUUACUCCGAAGGCUCUUUGCAACAAUAUUGGUAUUUUGUGAGCCCAGUGAUGCUUGUGGCCUAUGGAACAGACACCUUGAGGCAAUGUUAGAUGACUACCGCCGCACCGAUCAAUGUGCACACACGAUCAAGCAGAAGGUUUUAAUAUAUGUCAGGAACAUGCUGCAAUCAAUAGGGAAUGAUAUAACAUCGUUCCCUCUUCCUGAGAUCGAUGAGACGCUUGACAUGGCAAACGGUGUGCCGAGGGAGAUAUUCGAGGAGUCUAUGAUCAUUGUGGACCAUAAGCAUACAGCCUUAUCUGACUCCCUCAACGUCGAGCAGGGGGUCACCUAUGAUGAGAUUCUAGUCGAGGUUGAUAGCGGUGAAGGAGGCCUUUUCUUCGUUAAUGGCCCAGGAGGCACGGGGAAGACUUUUCUUUACAAGACAUUGCUUGCUAUUGUCCACGGUUUCACAAAGCAGAGUGGGAUGGCUAAGCUUUUGCAAGCGGUGUCACUCAUUAUGUGGGAUGAAGCCUCCAUGACUAAGAGGUGGGCGGUGGAGGCCCUGGACAAUAGCAUGCACGACAUAAUGGGCCCGUUUGAUGUCCCGUUCGGCGGGAAGACAGUUGUGUUUGGUGGUGACUUUAGACAGAGCGACCCAUGGUUUGCAGAAUACCUGUUGCGCAUCGGUAAUGGCACUGAGGAGGCUAAUGGUGAUGGCAAAAUACGUCUUCUUGAUGAUAUAUGUGUGUCAUAUACAGGAAAGGACGUUGACCUUGAUAAACUUAUAGAUAACGUGUUUUCGGUGCUCGACGCUAACCUAGCUGACCCAUACUACAUCACGUCGAGAGCCAUCCUGUCCACACGAAAUGAGGGGGAUGAGAUGGUGUAUCAUAGCUUUAAUCACGUUGAAGAUGACCCCUAUAACUACUACCCCCCAGAAUUCCUUAACUCCCUGACCCCAAACGAGUUUCCUUCGCAUGUGAUGAAGCUCAAGGUUGAUUAUCCUGUCAUACUGCUCAGAAAUAUUGACCCUGCCAAUAGACUUUGCAAUGGCACAAGGCUUAUGGUCCGGGGGUUCCAACGAAAUGCUAUUGACGUAGAGAUCGUGCUCGGGCAGCAUGCUAGGAAGAGAAUUUUCCUGCCUCGUAUCCCCCUAUGUCCCUCUAAUGAUGAGAUGUUCUCUUUCUGGUUCAAGCGGAAGCAGUUUCCUAUCAAGCCUAGCUUCGCCAUGACAAUCAACAAGGCACAUGGACAGAACAUCCCGAACGUCGACAUGUACCUCCCCUAG